ACGGGUUUGGGUUUUUGUCGGGGUAAACAACUCCCAUCCUUGCUCAUCAAUUAGUCUUAAAAAAAACACCGAGAAGAUUAAAAACCAUCAAUUCCCAAUUAAAUACAAACCCUAAAAUCACACACAAUUCAAAUUCAAUUCGCAUCUAUUCAUAUAUCUAAUCUACUCUCUCCCAUUCAAAUCUCACUCUAUUCGAUUCAAUGGUGGUCUGCAAAUGCCGGAAGGCGACCAAGUUGUACUGUUUUGUGCACAAGGUUCCUGUUUGUGGAGCAUGUAUAUGUUUUCCGGAGCACCAAAUAUGUGUGAUUUCUACUUAUUCAGAAUGGGUAAUAGAUGGUGAGUAUGAUUGGCCUCCUAAGUGCUGCAAGUGUCAAGCUGUGCUCGAAGAAGGCACUGACGGUCAAACUACACGACUGGGCUGCUUACAUGUAAUACAUACAAGCUGUUUGACCUCACAUGUUAAAGAAUUUCCUCCUCACACUGCUCCAGCUGGAUAUGUAUGUCCAGCCUGUUCAACUUCGAUAUGGCCUCCUAAAAUGGUUAAAGAUUCAGGGUCCCGCCUUCAUUCCAGGCUGAAGGAAGCAAUUUCGCAGACUGGCAUUGAGAAGAACCUGUUUGGAAGCCAUCCAAUUUCGCCGGCAGUAACAGAUUAUAGGGGCCCACCCCUUGCAUUUGCUUCUGACCCUUUGAUUCAUGUAUCUAGUAAUGGAGGCAUGUCCACGUCGGGAGUAAAAGAUGCUGAAAGUUAUUCAGGUGCAACUGGAUCCGGUCUUAUGAAACCUUCAACUAUUGAUAUCGAGGAGAUAGAGGAUAGUGCAGCCAACCAGGCCAAUUUUGCAAGAAGUCCUGGUGCUACCACAAGGAAGAGUGCAGUACAAGCAGAUAAAAUAUAUUCUGACAUUUCAUACUAUGCCGACGAUGAAGAUGCAAAUCAGAAAAAGUAUACUCGAAGGGGUACAUUCCGCAAUAAGUUUUUAAGACUAUUGCUGCCCUUUUGGUCAAGUGCAUUACCAACUCUGCCUGUAACUGCACCACCAAAGAAAGAUACUUCACAUGCAAGCGAAGGUCAGGAGGGUCGUACACGGCAGCAUAGAAAAUCAAGGAUGGAUCCAAGGAAAAUUCUUCUGUUCAUCGCAAUUAUGGCGUGUAUGGCAACAAUGGGUAUUCUUUAUUACAGACUUGCUCAACGUGGUUUCAGUGAGGAGUUGACUGAAGUCGAGCAGCAUCAACCAUGAUCUCUGAAUCUAUCUUGAAGGAUCCAUAGUUUAUGGCUCAACCUUGACAAGCUUUCAUGUUAGUGAUUCAUGGUUCAGCUCCUCUGCUCCAUAACCCUCUUCGUGGGACCUUGUAUGUGUUAUGAAUCAGAACUUAUAUGCUGAUGAUAGUGGAAAGUUUUCUUGCAACGCUUCCUUGUUCAUGUUUUUUCCUUUUUCUUUUGUUCUAAAUUAAGAAAAUUUUAAAUAUCCACAGAUUUUAUUUUCUCUUUGUAUGUAAUUAUUCAUUCCAGCAAUAAACUUGCUCUCUUUACUUGGCAUACGGUGCCAAUAUACCGUUUUCUCGCA